UUGGGAAUGUCUUGUUGCAUACACCAGUUCAACCUAGUACCAAAGCUUAUUUGCCCUAUUUUGAUGCCCCGGGAAUUUUGGAAGUGUGCGGCGCCCACAUCAUCUGGAGGUAAACCCGAAAUUUCCUCCAUUCUUUCGACGCUUCAUCUUUCUUGUCUUCUUUUUGUUCCAUCAUCGUCACACCUUCCAGCAAGAUGACCAGAAACAACAACCAUAACCGCAAUAGAAUGACCAGUCCUAGGCGCGCGGGCAACAACAAUCGGUUCGGGUUUUCUGGCCGAGGCAACCGACCUGGCCAACGCGGCCGCAACAAUCGCAUGAACAGUCGACAGAUACCCAGUUUACGGACUCGAUGGACACGCCCACCGAGUUCGAGUGGAGGCAUGCUGCCUACAAGUCAAGUAGUGCCCUUCUUAAACUUUCGCAAUCACAAACCAGGUGCACGGUUCCGUCAAUAUCAACAUACAUCCAUCAACCCUUUCUACACCGUUGCGCCGCCUCGGUCUUUUUCGGUGUUCCCACCUUCUCCAGCCCCAAACCGACCGACAACCUCCCGGGUUUGGCAUGAAACGCGGCGAAAAUCACCUUGGAUUCGAGCAGCAGCCCACCUUGCCGCCCACCGCACCCCUCGAACCCAUGAGGACGAGACGUGCCAACCGCCAAUUGUCUGCUCCCGAGGCAUUCAGAGCCAACAAGAGACAGAAAAAGGGCGAAAGGUCCCAGAGUAGGCAACCGAGCCCCAGGGAUUCCGCCGACACAGGUCCCGCCCGCCCCGACGAUCUGCCGGCGUCUGCUGCGAUCAGAGAGAAGAAUGAUCCGAGUCCAGCCCCGUAUACCGACGAGAGUUUUUGAACGAGAGCGUGUCACCUUUUUUCAUCGUUUUCAAAGCGGUUCGAUGCGCUAGAUUGAGGAAACCAG